GAUCUAUUGUUUGACUUUGUCAGUUUAGCUCGAACAGCUGUCCAUUGUGCACCGCUUUUUAUUUAUAACAAUUGUCAAUGUAAAACUCGAAUCAAUAUUUUAUUUAUUCUGUUUGUAUAUUUGUUUUAUUGUGCUGAUAAUCGUGACACAGUUUUAAUGGAAAACACCAUGGAGUUCCGAAUAAAAAAGCGUGAUAACUGUCGGAUCAACGAAGUGAAGAAAAUUCUGAAACCGGUGAAAUUCGUCCCGAAUCGGUACGGCGAUCGUUUCAUUCCCCGACGCUAUGCCCAAACCCGUUCCAGUCGUUUCAAGGCGGAACGCAAAGCCGAUAGAGACACCGAUCUGAUGCGUAUGAAGGAACGGAAAGGCUACUGGAAGUCCCACGCGUUUGCGGCGAUCUUCAACGACAUGUUCAACCUGAGUCCGGACACGGAUAAGAUUCUUGACUUUCGAGACGCCACCAAUCAGCUUAUUUGCAGGAAGCUCAAGAUUAGGAAUCCGAUAGAGACUUAUUUGGAGCCGACGUACACAAAUGUGCAGAAGUUGGAUUGGAGUUGUAAGCCUCGAUCGAAGCCACUUUCGUUCAUUGAAUCGGUGCACGAUUUACCCCGAAUCAAGGUGGAAUACACGAACAUUAUCGAUUGGUCGGCCAAAGGGCAGAUUGCUGCAAUUUUCAGUAAAAAGUUGGUCAUCUGGACUCCGAACACCGAAGAAACCAUCGCCUACUGUGCCCUACGUACGACGAGCAUUGCGUUCAACCCAAUGGGAGAUAUAUUAGCCAUGGCUACCUUUACCCAGUCGAGGCCUAUCCUUCGCCUGUUGAGUUGCUUCCAUCCUAACAUCAAGGCUAAUGUCUCGAAUAUGAAAAUGUUCUCCUAUCUCGAUAGCGAGAUCAGCUGUUUGACCUGGGAUUGCACCGGUCAGUAUAUCGCAUGUGGCCUUGGUAAUGGCCAGAUAAUUAUCAUUCGCUCGAGUGACUUCGAGCACAUGAAUCGUGACACCGUUGGCGAAACGCAUAGUGCGCGGAUAGUGGUGCUCAAAUUUUCGCACGCCUCCAAGUAUCUGGCCUCUUCGGAUGAAUCCGGUCAUCUGUAUAUUUGGAGCUGGCGAAACUACCAGCUGUGUCCACUGACGGUCUGGAUCAGCAGCAAGGAAGUGGCCCUCUUCGACUGGCACCCGUGGCGCGAAGAGGAGAUCAUUAUCGCUGAUACGGAACCCGUUACGAUCGCGCUGUUGCACGUGCCCAGCCACAAGGUGCUCUCGUAUUAUCGCCGUCGCAACGUGGACUGCUUUAUUACGGCACUGGCAUUCAACAAGGUUUCCGGUGAGCUGGUGGUUUCCUUUUCGUAUCCUGCUGGAAUAUCACCCGACAUGAUUGUGCUCGCCUCGAUGGACCGCGUAGUGGACGUUAUGGAGAAUCACGAGGACGUUGUAGCGCACCUUUUCUGGAGUCCCGACGGCAAACAGUUAGCAAGUGCCGGUUACGAUGAGGCGUUGACUAUUUGGAACUUUUUCGGCACCUCGCCAACCAACAAAAAGAACAAUUCGCAGUCGUUAUCUUCUGGACAGCAAAGAAAUCGCAACAAGGAACCGAUGGGCGGUUUCGACUACAGCUUUCUUUACAAACCGAUCCGUUAGCACACAAGAAAACAACAACAACAUGCAUGUCGCUUGCGGUUAGAGAGAGAGGGGGUCGGGGGACAGCAGCUAAAACAACGAACUCGCAAGGUGCAGCCGCGAGGGCCUCCGCAGUUGUUUGUUUUUCUAUGAAAUAUGACAUGCUACAUGCUGCAACCCGCCCAGAAGCACUUCGAGCACUCUGCGCCUCAUGAGGAAACGGGGAGGGGCCACCAGAAACAGCAACUACUACUAAUGCCAAACUACUGCUGGCUUACGAGCUGCGAGCUACCCGACUACCGAUGCUGGACGUCGUCGUCGUCGUCGUCGUCACCGUCUUCUCUCCCACAAUCAUCAUGAUGGUCGAUAUGCAAUGGCGAAAGCCUGACGUGAAACACAGGGGAAGGUAAUUAAAUAAAAAAUAUAAAUUCUAAUUGAAAGCCACCCACGCGCGAAAGUAGAGGAGAUAUUGCACCUCAUUCGCGCAGGCAGGCUAGAUCUUUCGCUUUUCUUUCGGUGCAGGCAGCGACAGGAAAAAUUUACAUACAAAUGAUUUAAAGGUUGAAAAUUUACAUAAA